AUGAUCAAGUUUGUGCUGAUGGUCAACAAAAUGGGGCAGACACGUGUGUCGUCGUACUACGACUGGAUGCCUAUUCCAGAGAGAGUAGCCCUAGAAGCAGAGGUUGUUCGACGGUGUUUCUCCCGAUCAGAGCUGCAGUGUUCGUUCUUCGAGUUUCGGGGCUAUAAAAUCAUCUACCGACGGUACGCGUCGCUGUUUUUCAUCGUUGGUGUGGGUGUUGACAGCGACGACGAGAACGAGCUUGGUGUGCUGGAAUUCAUCCACUGUCUCGUGGAGACCCUUGACAAGUACUUCCAGAGCGUGUGCGAGCUGGACAUUAUGUUCAACCUGGAGAAAACACACUUCAUCCUCGACGAAAUGGUCCUUAAUGGAUACAUUUGUGAGGGAAAUCGCGAAAACGUGCUGAAACCGCUACUGCUGAUGGACUCGUCGUCACAUGCUGGCGACUCAGUUUUUGGGAGUAAAUCGUCGUAAGUCACAAGGCUCCGUAUCCAAGCGUUAUUUAGUUUUUGUGGUGGUGGUGCCCCCUACGUCCAAUCAAUGCCCAAGCAAACGAUUUGCUGCUGCCUCGGUGUUGUUUCCAGACGACCUGAGAACUCUCACGACCGUUUCACGAUCAAACCCAAGACCCAUGAGCAGAGUGAUAUCUUCUUCGCUUGGCGCCGGUAUCUCCAUUCGCUGUCGAAGCUGUAGAGGAGAAAACAACCAAUAGACAUCAAGUCAAUAUUUAGUUAAGACGGUCAGUGGUUACGGCUGGACUCCAGCUUAUCGCCCGCCCGUCGUUCUCUUCAUGCAUCUUUUUUUCACAUGCAGCUGUCGUCUUCACUUUAACGACACACAAGCGUCUAGCAAUCGAUACCAUACGCUUGGAGGAGCGCGACCCAGCAGCAUGUUCGCACACUCACCCCCGUGGCAGGCCCCGCGUCUGCUCCUGCCAUGCCAGCUAGCAUUUGAUCCGUUGGUCGUCUACGCCCCACCUGCGGCAAUAUCCGAAGUACUUGUCUUGGUCAAAGGGUGCUUGAAAAGGGGCUGUGCGCUUAGAUCACCAAUAUGAGGCGUUGCUUGAGUCAAAUAAA